GUUAUAAUAACGUUUGAUCCUCUAGUCAUUUCGGGGGAGAUCUGUAAUGAGAUAACGAUAGUGAAAAUUAUACAUUAUCGUGAUUUAACUGAUACGCGAUUAGAGAGAGAGAGAGAGAGAGAGAGAGAGAGAUAGAGAGAGAGAGAAAGAGAGAGAGAGAGAGAGAGAGAUAGAAAAAAAAUAAAGAAUAAAAAAGAAUAAUAAUAAAAAAACACAAAAAACAAAAAAGAAAGAAAAAAGAAUUUGCUUAAUCCAUCAUAUUGUACAAUUUCUCUACAAAUAGGUCUAUCUUUCUUUUCGUACCGAUGCGAAUGCAAAGCACGAGGGGAUGGUGGAGCGUCCUCGGCAGUUUUGCCCUGAUUUUUCUCGCCAAUAUACGAUUAGCUUUCAGCGAGAAGGAUUCGGAAGGAAAAGUUCAUACGGAGGAAGCACGGCAACAUCUUUGCUGUGCGAGGCACGAAAAAAUGAUUGACGUCGGUUAUGGAAUAUCUGGAGAAGUCAUACAAAUCGAUAUUGGACAUUGUCGAAAGCUCUGUCCCCGAUACGUUUCCGACGAUCCUGGCGACGCUAGCAAACCGGCUGUUCAGAGAUGUUCGCAAGAGGGUCAUUGCCGGCCAAGAGCUGCUAGACUGGAAAGAGUAUCCACGUUGCAGGGAGUCCGUAUUAUUGAGGCUGUUGAUGCUUGCGAGUGUUCUUCAGAUUCCUCUUGUAAAAGAGAAUCAUAUACACAUCUUAUACAUUCUGGUACACCGUAUCAAGUCGUUAUUGAUGUUGGCGUUUGCAUAGGACACUGUGGCAAAGAUCUUGGUUGCAAACCUGUAAGAAAUAACACGGUCAGCGUUAAAGGACCAAAUGGAGACGAAGUUUAUCCGGUUAUCGAAAGAUGCAGCUGUGUCGGUAAUUGUCAUCGAAUGGAUCACAUGGAAACAGUGUUGGAUUUCAGUGAAGUUGAAAUUAAAGAGGGUACCAAUACUACCGAUGUCAAGCCCGUUGUUAGACAAAUUAAUGUUGGCCAAUGUGUCGGAGCUUGUCCUGGAAACGAAACAGAAACUUGCCUUUUACGGGACAAACGUGAGCCCUCGAGAUGUCUGGCUGGUCUUUAUUCCAAACAACAUACUUGCACACCGGCGAGAUUUAAAGUCCACGAGUACAGAACUCGACGAGGAUCAAAACGCGAAGUGAUACAAAUUAUUCAAUGCAUUUGCGUUUAGAAAGGAUCAUCAUUGGACAUACAAAUUUUAUUAUCGAAAAAAAAAACGAUGAUGAAGAUGUGACAGAAAAUAUCCUUUUGUGUUGCGUUUUACAAAAACGUUAAGAUAUACUUUCUCUUUUUCUUUUUUUAGAUCUGCCGUGUAGUUAUGUGGCUAAUAAAUUUCUAAUGUCUUUUCUAAAGAAAAAAAAAAAAAAAGAAAAAAAAACAGAAAAAAGAAAAGAAGAAAAACUCAAAUCGCAUGUCUGCCGGAUCAACAUCUUUCUGUGUAAUAUAACGAUGUAUAAGUUAAUCGGCAAAUAAUAACGAAAUAUCUUUAAGUAAA